UGUUUCGCCCUCCAUUUUCCAUUGCUUUCAGCAGACCAUCCACGACUAUACACAUGAUUAAAAUCAUUAUGGAUCCGCUUUUGUAUCCCUUAACUCUUUCAUACGUCGUAUAGCCAUAGAGGUAGUUUUUUUGGGUGAUUUUCAUGUGUGAUAGUAUUGGUAAUUCCCUUAUAGACGUCUUCCGCAACUCGCGGCAGACCAGCGUCAGUCUUCUGAGCCCUUCGAUUUAGCUUAACCCAUGACCGAGGUAUGCUGGACCUUCUCACGUGCGCAGUACCGCUCUUUGGUGGAGCUCAUCAGGUCGCCGUUUAGGGCGAUGUCCUCAAACGCUCAUGCCGUCUGCUUCUCGCUCGCAUUCCUGUUCAGCCGCAGCUCCACGGCCGUGCUGCUAUUUGUGUCGGCGGCGAAGCCACUGCGUCUGCUUCGCCUGGUGGCAGUCUUGGCCUACCACGCGGAGGUGUACCGCGAACUGGCCAGCGACGAGGUGGCCCUGAUGGGACUCAACUUCACCAGGAAACUACUGCUGACGGUGAGCAUGUGGUCAUGA